AUGAACAAAUUAAAUAUCAAAUUUGAAAUAUUUACUUCUAAUACAGGGACUUUAUAUCAGGUUGAAGAAGAAUUUGAGAAGAAAAAAACAAAUUAUUACGCUUAUAAUGUUUAAUCUAAUUUUUAAUAAUAUAGUCUAAAAAAGGAAGAAUAAUUAUUAAAAAACUGCAAAUCUCUUAGGUAAUAUGUAAAGUAAAUUGAUUUUAAUAAUUAAAAAUAUAUUCUUUUUGAAUAUGUAGAAGGAGAAAAUUUAGAAACAAAAAUAAAGAAACAUAGGGGGAAUACAGAAUCAAUAAGUUUUGAACUUAUCAAGCAUUAUUUAACUUAGAUACUUGAUACAUUAUAUCAACUGCAUUAAAAAAAUAUAUUGGGGAGGGUAUUUUCUACAAGAAAUAUAUUGGAUUGCAGAGGACAACUUCAUUUCAUGGACUUUGGUUUUGGACCAAAAUUAAUGAACUAAACCUCAGAUAUUAUCGUUCCACCAGAAAUAGUCAAAAUAUUAAGAGAAGGUAAUAAUUAUAUAUAAAUUAUAUUAGAAUAAUCUCCUUUAAUAUAUAAUAUCAAAAUUGAUUCUUGGUUAUUAGGAGCAGUACUAUUUCAUUUAGUAAAAUUAAGACCUAUAAAUGCAAUAGAAUAAAAUGAUACAACUAAAACCAAAAGAAUGUUUUAUAAGGAUAUAAAUGAAUAUGCUAAUUAUCUAAAAAUAUAAAUGGAUAAAUCAAAAUGCAUUGAUGCUGAUACUGAUAGAUACCCCAAAGAAUUUUGCUAAUUUAUUUAAGGACUUCUCACAUAUAAUAUGAAUGAUAGGUUUUCUUUUUCAUAAAUUUAUAAUAAUCAGUUUAUAAAGAGCUUGAAUCUCCCUAAAUACUAAAAUUAUUUGAGAUUUUAUGAAAAUUUCAAUGAAAAAUAGAUGAUUGAAGAAAUAAAAACUAUUGAAAAAAGUGAAUCUGAGAUAUUAUAAACUCAAGAACUUCAUUUUCAACAACCGAAUCUUUACCCUUAUGAACUAAUGUAAAAAUUUGAAAUUAUACUUUUUUUAGAAUUCCUCCCUUAAAUUUUGAUUUGAGUCCUAAAAAUUCAGAAAAUUAAGUACCUUUUUCAUUUCCAUCAACAUCCUCAAGAUUGUAAGAUGGUUUCCAAAGUGAAUUAGAUGAUUAAAAUAAUAUUGAAAAAUAUUUUCCUCAUCAAAUUUAAGGUCAAUAUGUAAGUUUAUAUUAUAUUUAUAUAGGAAUCAAGAUUUUAUUAAAUAUGGUAAUUCAUAAGAAUGGAAUUAUUUAAACAUACAUAUUUAGAGGUAACUGCUGAGGAAUUUAUAUUAGAAUUAUAAAAAAAAAAGUUUUAAUUAGAGUAUGUCUUAGCUUAUUUGUUAAGAAAAAUGGGUUAUCUUAUUUUGGUUGAAUUACUGGAAAAAGUAAAUGAAGAUAUCUGCCCAUGGAAUUGUUACAAUUAAUAAUAAGAUGUAUGGAAACUCUUUAAAAUGGAUACUUAAAAAGUUAUUUUUGAGAACAAUAUUAAAAAAAAAAUUAUAGAAUUAGGUACCAUUCUUAAAGGAAUAUUUAUUACACAUUGCUAAAUCUAUUUGAAAGAUGAAAGAAUUGAGAAAGUUGUUCGAGAUGAAUUAGAAGCAGAUUCAGGUUGUUUUUAAAGACAACAAAACGAUAGUCAUUCUUUAAGUAUAUACAAAUGUCGUUCUGAGGAAUUUUUGAAACAUGGAUAUAGAAAAUUUUUAUAAACAACUUCCAAGUUUUUGGAAAGAGAAAUGAAACUUGCAUAAAAGCCAGAAAUUAAAUAUAAUACUAUGUUAUUGAAAUCAAUUAUAUGCCAUUUGAUUAAUCGAGUAUUCAAUUUAAAUUAAAUUUCACUCUCUUUUAAAGGUAUUAUGAAUGGCCGCAAAAGCAAAGAUUUAAUUUCUCCUAAUGAGAUUUACAAAUAUAUUUGUCGAGAUGCAGAACAAGAAAAAUUACAAGAUUUAUAUUAAAUUUAUAAAGUAAAUUUUUCAUCAGAUUGA